UGUUCUGGUUCCUGCACAAAGCGAGGACGCUACACGAGGUCCGAGCUGUCCUUACAAGCGGAGCACCGGGCCACGUUAGUCCGAUAGAAGGCAGUAGAGAGCCGUGGAUUAGAAACAGCCAAACUCGGAACCGUGAAAAUCGUUAACAGAACAUUAUGGUGUAUAUAACACAGUGCUCAGCGUGAAUAUCUACGCACUUUCCGCCAUACAAUAACCGACUGACGCUCCCCACGGCUCACAGAGGCACCAGGAGCCGCACCGUUAAACCGGGGGCUUCAUCUUGAUGUUUUUCGUUUGGACCUCUUCGCCCGGACAUGUACUUAGUAUUCCGUGGGCGCAAAACGUCUAAUUAAUGUUACCCUUUCUCCGGACCACUGUCCCAAACGGCAGCCUCCGUUUAAAAUCUUUCCGUGAUCUGCCCCGGACUGAAGACCGAACCAACGCGCCGGGCGCCACCGCGGCGCCGAGCCGAGAGUCCGUAGAGACGUCCGCGUCCCGCCCGCCUCCCCAUGACCUCCGCUUCCCGGACAGCAGGAGACCGCAUUUGAGCCCGGCGUCGGCCUCGUCGCGCCCCUCGACGCCCGUAGCGCCACUGAUUCGGGCACAGCAGAGGCAGAGAGGCAUCGGGCAGAGAGGAUGGCGCUGCCCCUCGAAGAUGCCCGGAAGCUGGGCUGGAUGAUGCUGAAGUCGGUGACACGCUUCGUGUUCAUGUUCAUCAAUAACUGCGUCGCCAUCCCGUCAUACUGCAUAUACCUGCUCCUGCUCCAGCCCCUGAGGCUGAUGGACAGCCGCACCUUCUGGUACAUCGAAGGAGUAAUGUUCAAGUGGCUGCUGGCCAUGGUGGCGUCCUGGGGCUGGAUCGCGGGCUACACAGUGACGGAAUGGGGGGAUGAUGUGAGGCCCAUCUCUGAGGAGGAAGCCAUGGUUAUAGUAAAUCAUCAGGCCACAGGUGACGUCUGCACUCUCAUGAUGUGCCUGCAGGACAAGGGCACGGUGGUUCGAAAAAUGAUGUGGUUGAUGGACCAUGUAUUCAAAUACACAAACUUUGGGCUUGUGUCAUUAAUCCAUGGGGAUUUCUUUAUUAGACAGGGUAAAGCACACCGGGACAAGCAGCUCUUUUACCUGAAGGAUCACUUGGACAAAUUCUACUACAGCCGAGACAGGAAGUGGAUUGUGCUUUUUCCAGAAGGCGGCUUUCUGCGCAAACGGCGGGAAUCCAGCCAGUCCUUUGCGAAGAAGAACAACCUCCCUCACCUGACACAUGUGACUUUGCCCCGCCUGGGGGCCACACAGGUCAUCCUGAAGACCCUGAGCCCACAGCAGGAAAACGGAAGUCUCGGGGCAGGGGAUGCUAACCUGGCAGAAGCCAAGCCGAGGGGCCUGCAGUGGGUGGUUGAUGUUACCAUUGCCUAUCCCAAAGCCCGUCCCAUGGACAUCCAGACCUGGAUCUUUGGGUACAGGCCUCCCACGGUCACCCAUGUGCAUUACAGGAUCUACCCCGUCAAAGACGUCCCAGUAGAGACAGAGCAGCUGACGGACUGGCUGUACCAGAGGUUUGUGGAGAAGGAGCAUCUCCUGGCCCACUUCUAUCAAACAGGUGCUUUCCCACCCCCCAAAGGCCAACAGCAGGCUAACCCUAGGGAGAUGACGCUCGACAUUGCGUGGCUCCUUGUCAUACAGUCACUCGCCUUUCUGUCUGGUUACAUGUGGGUCAGUCUUCUUUGCAACUUCUACUGCUGGCUCUUCUGAUUUGGCUAGCAGCUGGAAGAGAGAUUGGACGGACAGGAUUGGGUCUCGAUGGCUUCAUGGCUCGGGGAUCAUUCUCUUGAUGUGUGAAUGUACAUUUGCUAAGUUAAAGCAUUGAAAACUGUACAUCUAUGCGGAACAUAUUUCCCCAAACCAUGGACGCUCACUCACACACACACACACGUAUAUACACACACGUAUAUACACACACGUAUAUACACACACGUAUAUACACACACGUAUAUACACACACGUACGUACACAUACGUACACACACACACACACGUACACACACAGAAAAAUGCAGAACUGCAACCACAAACACAAACUAAAUAAUCAUAGGCUCAGGACUCAUGAGGAGAAGGACAUGGCCGUCACCAAACUCCUCAUUUAGAUAGUGUGAGGGGAGUGACCUUCCAGCUGUACGCGCUCUUCUCAACCCAAUGGGGGCAGCAUUUCCAUCUCUGGGACACACCUGUCUUUGCCCCUUCUGAUACGAAGUUCAAAGACGCAUUUAGCCAGAAGAGCUGGAACUUUCCAGGCCCUGCUGCUGUGUAUGAGGUCUGCCUGCAACACUGCGAUCCUCUUCCUGGCCUCAUCUCCUCGAUUGCACUAUGGAUCCGUACUGCCCCCCCCCCCCCUAAACCCAGGGAUUCCUCAGAUCUCCGGGUUCCCCAGAUCCUUUUCUUUUCCCCUGUCCUACUCUUCUUCAAGCCGUUUGUUUCCUGAAAAUUUUGUUUCCAUUCUGAUUGACGGUAUCCCAGGUUUGGGUCCCCGUUUCCUUGUUUACACUGAUCAUCUUGGUGGGGCAGUUAGGAUAUCGGCCUGGUACUGCCAUUGUGACUGGACGGAGAUGGAAGCGGCUGCUUCAUGUGCCAGAGCAAGGCCCACACGCUGAUGACGGCGGACCGAUGGCGUGUGGGCGGGGCUCCGGUCGGGCGGGGCUCCGGUCGGGAGGCUGGCGGACACUGACGGAACUGCCUGGGUGCACGCGGCCAAUGCCCCGGGAUCACCGAGCUGUCUGCAAAUAUUUAAGCCAUAUGCUUAGAUGGGAAAAACUUUAUUUUAAAGGUCUGGGAGUGAUAAUCUUUAUUUUAAGGACUCUUUACCAAAAUGGUGUGUUCAUUUUUGGAAAAUAGCAGACAAUUUUAGGUGUUACUGUAAAUGUGCAGCGUAACCUGCCCAUGUGGGUGUGUGUGUGGGAGAAGCGUCUUUUAAUUUCUGCUUUCUGUAGUCUGUUUUUCCUCCCUUUUCUUCUCGUAUCUGCUGGGGUCACUCUGGGUAAAAUUGGAGCAACAGCAAUCGUGUCUGUGACAGCUCAGCUCCUGGCAUCUUCGUUUUAAAUUACUUGAAAUUAUCCCGAGUCAUGCUUUGUCCGGUCUUGUACAUAAAUAUGCAGGGCGACAGCUAAUGUUGUGACUAGAACCCUGUCUUUUUAAGUCCGAUGUUGCUCACCUGUUUUAGAUUGAAAUAUCAUGGACAUUUGAUUUGAAGACCUGUCGCUGUUCUGAGAUUCUUGUUUCCUUCAUCUCCCUGCCAAACACACGAUGGAUAUACGCACAGUGCAUUUUCACUACAUGGAAAUUUCAUUAUUACUCUUUAGUCAGGGGGGGAAAUCGGCCGUAUGUGUCAGAUGUUGCACUUGCAGUUUUGGGCUGAAGUAGCAGCAUCCGCAGCCUGGGGGGCAGCGGGCUGCCGUCUUCAGCCCCAGCGGGAAGGAGACGUGUGGUGCUUUGUCCAGGUGCACAACUGUGGGUGUUCAUAUGAUACAUAUGAAAUAACUGUAGGUUAUACAUGCUGAUUGGAACAAAACACUGACUAAAAAUAGACUUCUUCUGUUCAUGUCCCACAAUGUCAUGUUAGUCAUUGAGUGUUGGUAAAUACAGUCAUAUAGACUGAUAGUUUAAAAUGCAGUUUACCGGAAUUAGGAAUCCUGUCAUUUACCAAUUGCUUCAGCAAUUUAAAUAGAAGUCAUGUCUUCUAAAUGGCUAGCUUAUUAGCAUACCGGAUGGGUUCAGAAAGCUUGGUGGUCCAAAUUGGAGAAGCGUAUUUCUCCCGUCUCAGGCUAGUGUUUCCAUUUACCAGAUUCUGCCCCCUCUUGCUUUCCCACUCUGUCUCUGGGCAAUAUGAAUGUUCUGUGUUGGACACUAAUUCAGGAAGUCAAUAAUUAAAAUUUAACUCUUUUAACCGCCCCUUCCCCCUGCCCCAGGCUUGGCUGUAAGGCAAAAUGCACUGUAUCCUAUAAGCCUGUAUCCGCUUUUAAGAAAGCAGACCCCAGUGCUUCUGGGUUUUUUAACAGUGUUCAGACCCCUGGGUGUUCUAAUGGUAUGUGUCCCUCGGCGAUGAAAUAAUGUUGAAAUCUGUUUUUCGGAUGCAGUGGAUUUAAUGUGCUGUUGGGGAUGCUGGUGCCCCCCCUACUUUCGGUAAGAGGCACUGCGAAUGCUCCCAAGGCCUGCUUAAUGUCCCCAUGAGACGAAAAGCUGCAGCUUGACCACUGUAAUGCAGUGAAUACAAGAUCAUCGCUCACUGUCAAGAGCUAAGAUAACUGGAACAGUGAGGAAUUUUAAGUAUUCUGAUCAUUGUAAUGUUUAGUUUGCUUGAAGACCAAACGGCCAGCAUCAGAAUUGUCUUGUACCUGCUUCAUCUGUGCCUGAGAAGGCAUGUGAGCCAAUGUGUCUAUUUCCACACCGAAAUGGCAAAUUCUUCACUGAAUUCCCCUUCCUUUUAACGUGUGGAUGUUCUUUGGCCGCCUUCAAACACUGCCACCGGAAUCAACUAAAUCCACACUUAAGGUUGGCCUCCUGCCCAUAAGUGCUGUUUUGUGUUGCUCUGUCCAUUCUCCGGGUUCUUACAUUCCUUUUUUUAUCCCAUUGAUCUUGUGAAAGGGAUGCAUUUCUGAACAGAGGUGGUCAUCUAAUAUUAAUCAUAAAGAACAAUAUGAACAGGCCCUGAAAGGUAUCUGGUUGAGAUCGACUAAUAAAUUUUAGUAUGAAAACUCUUCGGACCUCUUGGGAGGGGGGGGUUUCUGGCCCGCUUGACUAUGUGCUUACACUUGUGAUCGGCUCUAAAUAGAGGCUACAGAGCAAUAGGUGUGCUUGUUGUAACGUAAGUGAAGUUUAGAUAAGACUAAUGAUCUAGUCAUCCUAGAGUAGAGCAGUAGAGCAAGUCUCAAGAUUUGUGAUUACGUGGUAAUAUCUAGGCUGUAAUUUGAAUCAAAAGUCGCAUUUUCCGUUGUGAUCAUGGUUUCGAGGCUGUAGUGUAUUACGUUUUGUUGAAUGAGACCCAAGUCUGACGUAGGAGUGUAGGGGAAAGAGCUUUGAUACAGACGCAGGUCAGAGGGGCUCUCUGUGCGUUCGAGGACUGCUGAGACAGUGUCUUAUGACAGCAGUUAAUUGUGGCUCUCAGAGUUGCUGCAAGUCUCUCAAUUCCUGUCGUACUGUUUCAGUGUAAUGCACUAAUGCGGAAACCACAGGGUUUCGUGCUUUUUAGCUUUAAAGCUGUCCAAGUUGUGAACGUUGGUUUUACUACCGGAAAGGUGAUUGGAGACGAUAUCCUUGACUAAGGAUACUGCGUUACAGUAGCCUUAACCACUGUGAUCACGUGAUCAAGCCUCUGGGAAAAACAUUCUGGGGAAAAAUGUCCACAAAUCUCUGAUGCAGUUUAUUUCUGUGGCGUCACUGUAUGUGUUUGUCGCGAUAGUCUUUCCUUUUUUGAAGGAAGAGAAAAUGUCUGAAUUUUGAAUCGAAGAGGAGACUCAGUCAACAAUUUUAAAAAUGUAUUAAUUGUGACUAUCAGAAGUGUAAGCAAAUGGUUUCACAAAAUGCCAAUACAAUAAAAGUUCUUACAUGAUA